AUGUCUGGCUUCCUGGUGCCCUUAUUUCUAAUUUCCGCCCCUUUCUGGAGCACGGUAGCCGGCGGGGAUACGGUAGGACCGCUCCUAUCCGCGAACGCGAACCUGCGGGAACGCGUCAUCGAUCCAGAGACGGAAUUCCUAUCCGAGAGAGAAUUAGUCGACUAUGUGAAUGGGCGCCAAACGGCCUGGCAGGCCGAAUACCACACUCGACUCGGCUCGUACCCGGACAGCUUGAAGGCGGGCCUCAUGGGCGUUCCGUACAUCCGUCCACCCAUCCUGGCCAGAAAGCAACUCUCUACCACGAGACAUCUCAACAUCUCCAUCCCCGACACCUUUGAUGCCCGAGAUUGGUGGCCCGAGUGUCGUGACCGCAUCGCUCACAUCAGGGACCAGAGUUCGUGCGGCAGUUGUUGGGCGGUGGCGGCGACGGAAGCCUUCUCGGACCGAAUCUGUGUGGCGAGUCGUGGGUCGAUACAGAUCGACGCGUCAGCCGGCGAUCUGAUGGAAUGCUGUAAGGAUUGUGGAUAUGGAUGCGAAGGCGGCUACCCGUUCCAGGCGUGGCAGUACUUCGUGAAUAGCGGCGUCGUGACGGGCGGGGACUACAAGGGGCCCGGUUGCAAGCCGUACCCCUUCCCGCCGUGCCACAAAAAUCACACGCACUACCGCGGGGACGUGUGCAAGGACGGAAUGUUUCAUACGCCAAAAUGCGAGAGGAAAUGCGACGCUCACGGCUACCCGAAGCAGUACAGAAAUGAUAAAAUUUAUGCCCUGAAUGCCUAUGGCGUGGACAAAGACCCGGAAUCCAUCCAAAAGGAGCUCAUGACGUACGGACCACUAGAGGUGGCCUUUGAGGUAUACGCGGACUUUCUUCAUUACAAAAAAGGCGUCUACAUGCACACUGCCGGCGGGCUCCUUGGCGGGCACGCGGUGAAGCUGUUCGGGUGGGGGCAAGAAGAUGAUGAAGCCGAUGGGACGCCGUAUUGGCUGCUCGCCAACUCCUGGGGCGACGAUUGGGGGCAGGCAGGCUUCUUCAAAAUCCUCCGCGGCACCGACGAGUGCGGAAUUGAGAGCGGCGCCGUGGGCGGGAUCCCGAAAUUGGAA